AUGCCUGCCGGCAGAGAGGACACCAACGUGCGCAUGCGCAGGAAGCGCGGCGGGACAGCUGGCGGGCCCUCAUUGGGCAUCCGCGUGGGCGCGGGGGCCGCAGCGACCGUCAGCCUGCUCGGCGUUUCUGGGGGAGGCGGCAUCUACGGCAGCGCUGGCGGAGGAGGCUCGGGGCGCGGAAGGGGGGGAGGGGGGGGAACGGGAGGCGGAAUAGGGGGCCCAGCAGCGGGGGGAGUGGGGGUGAUGAAGCUUGUACAGGAGCACUAUCUUCGGGAGGACAUCAAGUGCGGGUCUGCGCUGUGCUACGCGUGCUACACGCACCUCCCCCGCCAUGACCCGCUGCUCUUUGGGGAUGUGCUCCCCUGCCAGCUGCUCCCCCGAGAGCUGCUCUGGCAGUUCCCUGAGGAAGGCCUGCUGCUUUACGCUGAGGCGGACCGGCCUUCUUUGUCCGCUAGUGCGAGACACUACGUGAUCCCCGAUGCAGCCUCGCUGGUUGAAUUCAUGGAGGUGUGGGAGCUACCACCAAUACGCCACACAAUCGUGCUGGGCUCCGUGCUCAAGGAGGUGCUUCACUACUCCAGCGCCUAUCACGCGGGACGCAUCCGUGCUCUGUGUGAAGAUGGGCGGAGGGAGAGCUCCUACUUUGACGACCGGCACUUCCUCUUCACGCACACCAUGGCGGAGGAGAGGCGGGCGAGCUUGAGAGUCACACUUGGUGAUGCUGCUUCUGCUGAAGUGGAUCUGUGUCACGUGGUGGCGGCAGCACAGUGGUUCUCAACCCAUCUGCACCGCACCAUACCCAUCCUCAUCGUGUCGGACGAGCUGGCAGCAGCACGUGGCAGCAUGCCAUUGGGCGAGGUGCUGCAGGCCGUGCAGCGUAACGAAGUGGUGGUGAUGACAAACGAGGCAUUCUUCCAGACCUACUACGGCCACUGCACCACUGUCACCACGCUCAUGGACUCUCUCGCCACCCAGCAUGCCUUGCGCCUCUCGUCAUCCUUCAAAUCCACGUCUGGCAGCGGCAGGCUCAGUGGCAGCAGGUUCGGAAGCGGCAGGCUCGGCAGUGGGAAGCAGCGCAAGGAGGUGUUCACACCGCACCUGUCAAGCUCAGCAGUGGCGGAGGGAGUGGCAGUUGGAGCUAUCCGAGUGGGAGUGCUGCACAUCACAACCACCGAGCCUUUCAAAGCCACCGUCAGACCCAAUCGCAAGCAGUUACAUUCGCCACACAGCGACAUCACCAUCCUCUCAUGGCGGCAGCUCAACCGCGCUCUGCCAGGCGACACCGUGGCAGUCAGGCUGCUGGGCAAGCGCAGGGUGGGGGACAGACAGGUGGGGGGUGGGCACAUGGGGGGAGGGCACAUGGGGGGCGGGAAAAUGGGGAAAGGGCACAUGGGGGCCGGGCAGAUGGGGGGAGGCGGCGUGGAGACGAGGGAUGGGAGAAGGGGUUGGGGAGAGAGUGAGAAAGAGGGGGAGGGGAUGAGGGGGGGAGAGGAGGGUGUGGUGGGCGUGAGGAGGUAUGAGGGUGGGCGGAGUGAGAGAACGGGAGAUGGAGGUGCGGUUGUUGAGGGUGGCAGUGCCGGUGGGGAGGAUGGGGAUGAGGGUGCCGGCGGUGGUUGGGUUGGUGGUGGUGGUGGUGGUGGUGGUGGUGGUGGUGGUGGUGGUGGUGGUGGUGGUGGUGGUGGUGGUGGUGGUGGUGGUGGUGGUGGUGGUGGUGGUGGUGGUGGUGGUGGUGGUGGUGGUGGUGGUGGUGGUGGUGGUGGUGGUGGUGGCGGCGCAGUUGCUACUGCCACAUCUGACGCUCACCUCCCCCCGACCCCUUCAGCCUGGGAUGAGGCACCCCCUCCCCCAGCCUCUUCAGGGUGGGGGGAAGCCCCGCCCCCGCCUCCCCCUACUGGCUGGGGGGAAGCUUCGCCUACUCCACCUCCACCCACAGGCUGGGAAGAAGCCCCCCCUCCCCCACCCCCUACUGGCUGGGGGGAGUCCCCUGCCGCCCCUCCCCCUCCCCCUACUGGCUGGGGGGAGGCUUCCGCUGCUUCCCCUACCCCUGGGUGGGGGGGUGGAGGGUGGAACGGGGGAGGGGGGAGGGAUGGAGGAGGGGACGAUCGCAGGGGACAGGCGGGGUGGCAGGCGAAGGAGCAGGGGCAUGGAGGCUGGGGAGGGCUUGGCGAUGGGCAGGGGCAGGGGGGUGGGGAUGGAGAUGUGUACGGACAGGGGCAGGGGGGCGGGGAUGGGUAUGGAGAUGGGUAUGGGCAGGGGCAGGGGGGUGGAGAUGGGUAUGGGCCGGAUUACAGUGGGUGGCAGGCGGGUUGGGAUGGGAAUGCGCAGGGGCAGGGGGAUGGAGGGGAGGAGCAGAGUGGGAGCAAGGUGGGGCAGGAGAGGUGGCACCGGAAACGACCUGCAGCCUCGCACUGGAAUCAGCACAGUGGGCGUGGGGGUGGGCAUGGGGAGGACUGGGGAAACGGGGAGUAUGAGGAGGGUGGGGAGGGGGAGGGGUAUGAGAUGGUGGGGGAGGUGGUGAGUGUGCUGCACCGAGUGAGCCGUGACUUUGUGGUUUGCCUUAAAGACCACGUGGAUGAGGUGGAGGGGGGUGCUGUGGGGGCGAGAGGUGGGGCGUGGCUGUGGGGGGAGGAGGAAGAGGAGGAAGAAGAGGAGGAAGAGGAGGAGGAAGAGGAGGAGGAAGAGGAGAGUGAAGAGGAAGAGAGUGACGAAGAGGAGGGAGAGGAUGAACAGGAGGAAGAGGAAGGAGAGGAGGGAGGGGAAGAGGAGGCAGAGGAGCAGCACAGGCAUAGUGUGCUGUCAGCUGCACAUGAGCCGGCAGAAGGAGCAGCAGUGCAUGCUGUGAGAAGCUCCAGCACAACCGCAUGCAGCGAGCCGGACACCACGCCGUACAGCAGUGUGCGGGGUGGCAGCAGCAUGAGGAGCGAGAGCAUGGGCGUGGGGAGCAGGGAGAGCAGCAUGCGGAUGCACAGCAGCAUGGCGGCGAGCAGCACAAGAGCCAGCUCUCGCAGCAAGCUCUCCCGUGCCUCCUCCUCCAAGUGA